AUGUCUUAUUAUUCGCUUGAGGAUACAAUUAAUCGCUUUUUUUCUGGCCGCACCGUCACGCGGGAGCAAUGUGACCAAAUCGCUGUUGAAAUUACGGGUGAAGCCGUGGAGCCAGUUCGGCUUCAGGGAGCGUUCAGUUACACUGUAGCAGCUAGGGGGCUUCUGGUACAAUUCCGUGUUCCCGAGUCACUCUUAGAUACAGAAAAGCUGGGUCUCGCUCGGAAGAUUUUCGGCAACGUUGUUCCCUCCUGUGUCAAUAAAGGUGUCAUAGGAUCGUCGCCUUCGCUCACUAUCUAUGUCAUGAAGAAAGUUCCCGGAAUAACCUACAUUGAAGUGCCUUUAACAACACUACAUUCCACUUCAUGGCAAGAGAAAACAGUAUCGGAUUUUUCAAGAUUUUUUGCCAAUUCAUGGUUGAACCGACUAUCGGAGGCUCAUCACUCCGAGCAGUCUUUAGAAGAUCUUCAAGGCAAGCUUGAUAUACUUGUGCACGGGCUCCCUUCCCGAUUUACAGCCGUUAUCUCCAAGCUUCGCGAAGAACUUCCUGCAAUCUUUGCUCCCACGUAUCCGUUGGCUCUAACUCAUGCUGACCUGUGUGAGAUGAAUCUUAUCGUCGAUGCCAAAUUAGGUGGCAUCAAUGGGAUUGUUGAUUGGGCCGAAGCAAAAAUUUUGCCAUUUGGAAUGUCGCUAUGGGGAUUUCAGAACAUGCUUGGAAUUAUGAACUCAAGCGGUUGGCAUUACCAUGAAAAUUCUUCCAGACUGGAAGGCAUUUUCUGGGAUACGUUCCAUAGCCAGGUGGGAAAGAUCUCCGAUGUUGAGAAAAAGGCCAUGAAAAUCGCGGAACGGACAGGAUUGGUUCUUCGUUAUGGUUUCACCUGGGAAGAUGGGAAUGUGGAAAGGCCUGCGAAUGAGCAAGAUUCUUCGAUUAGAUAUUUAGACGCAUUUUUAGAUCGCUUGGGGGGUUAGAACCUCCCUAGAGUUCCAGCCUAUACCAGCAGU